AUGUCCACGCAAUCCCACGUACGCAGCGACCCGAGAUCCGGCGAAAUCCCCAUGGAGAAGCUGCCUCCUGAGUCUCCACCGGGACCGCCCCGGCCCUCCGUCCAGUUUGUCGACCCCGGCGAGGCCGCACCACCCGACCGGUCCCCCCCGGGGCAGAGCGAGGACCGGCGGACGCCAUCGGAUGAUCGCAUCCUGGACAAGAAGGAGGGCGAGCAGGCUAAGGCUCUCUUCGAGAAGGUGAAGAAACUCCGCGCUCACACGGAGGCGGGCGGUGGGCUCCACAGGAUAUACGUGUUGCAGACGGCGGCCCGCUUGCUGCAGGCGCUGGUGGUGCUCGCGUACACCGGCUACGCCUGCCCCAAUAUGCGCUACCACAUCCACUGCGUAGAAGGCGAGUACAUCACGGGCUACGGGAACUUCUACUGCGUCCACGGGCUGUGGCGCAUCUUCCGCAUGAUGUGGAUGGCCUACGCGACCACGAUGUGUGUUUACGCGCUCACCUGUGCCUACGUCGUCUACUGGGUGGUGACCUGCAGGCUCAAGGAGUACAGCUUCGCGGAGACGCGCCAGGAGACGGGGGUGGACGACAUUCCGGAUGUGCGCAACGACUUCGCCUUCCUCCUGCACCUAGUGGACAAGUACGACCCCUGCUACGCAUCCAAGUUCUCCGUCUUCCUGUCCGAGGUGAGCGAAAAUAAGCUGAGGCAGGUCAACGUGGAUCAAGCGUGGACCCUGUCGCAUCUGACGGGGCUACUGGAGAUCAACGCGCAGGGCGAGAGCGAGCUACGCCUCUGCAAGCUGGCAGCGGUGCCAGUGGACACAUACCGCCUCACUCAGAUACAGGUGCUGACGCUGGACUCGAUGCACGGGGUGACGCUGGGGGCGGCGGUGGUGCAGUUGGUGAACCUGCACCAACUCCGGCUGCUGAACUGCACCGUGAGCGUCGACAAUCGCGCACUCGCCUUCCUCAGUGAGGAGCUGCACCAGUUGGAGGUGAAGUUUGCGGUCAAGGCGGAGGUCCCGGGCUGGCUGCGUGAAAUGCGCCACCUGGAGGAGCUGUCCCUGGAGGGGCCCCUGACGCCCGCGCUCCUUAAGCCGCUGGGCGGCCUCAGGCGCCUGCGGGGCCUGCGCCUGACGACAAGCGUCGCCCGCCUCCCGCCCGGCCUGGCCGCCGUCGCUGGCGGCGGCCUGCGCGCGGCGCACGCCCUCGGCGUGCGCCUCGAGUCGCCGGCGCCCCUGAGCAAGCUGCGCGGCUUGGAGACGCUGCGGCUGACGCGCUGCGGCCUGGAGCCCGCCGAGCUUCCGCGGCCCCUGCUGGCGCUGGGACGCUUGAGCGACCUCGACCUGUCCCGCAACAGCCUCCGCUCGCUGGGCGACGGCGAUGACGCGUCGCUGCCGGCGGCCGCCUGGGAGCGCCUCGCCGUCCUGCGCCUUUCGGACAACGCCCUCGUGAGCGUCCCACGGUUCGCGGCGGGGGCGGGGUCGCCGGCCCUGCGCUCGCUCUUCCUCGACGGGAACCUCAUCGAGGGCGAGCUGCCCGCGGGGCUGCUCCGCCUGCACGGCCUGCGCGUCCUCGACCUGAGCCGCAACGCCAUCGCUGCCCUGCCGCCCGACGUGUGGCUGCUGACUCAGCUGAGCACCCUUCUUCUGUCGGGCAAUGCCCUGCGGCGUCUGCCCGAUGAGUUGUUCCGGUGCGAGGGAUUGCGGACACUGGCGCUCGCCAACAACGAGCUGUGCGAACUCAGCGGCCUGGUGGGGAGGCUAAGGAGGCUGCGCAGGUUGGAGCUGGUGGGGAACCGGCUGACGGAGCUGCCGGCCGAGCUGGGGGAGUGCGCGGAGCUGAGGCGCGGGGGGCUGGUGGUGGAGGAAGAGCUCUUCGAGUCGCUGCCCGCGCGGGUGAAGGAGGCGAUGCGGGGCGAGCCCAGCAGAACGACGCAGAGCCCCUCUGGAAGCCGGGAGAGAAACGCAAGAAACUGGGAGGGAACCCCAAGACACUGAGAUGCUUUUACCAGUAAUUACAACCACGACCUCCUGUAUAUCAGGUAAAGUAGUUAACGUCUCAAUUACCAAGGCGUAGACACCAAUGAAGGUCCAGACGACCACCGGACUGAGUUUGGGCCGAGUGGGUCGCACACGUCCAGUGAGUCUAGGGUGGGCCUAAUAAUACAUGGUCUUGUGUCUGUGUUUUAUUGAUCGAACAGUUGGUUCAUGUAGCCGCAAACUACAGUUAUGCGCAUUGAAUAAUCCGUGGCUGAAAGUCACGUGAAGUAGCUUGUCUGA